AUGAACACCAUCCCAUUCUCCCUGCUUCUGCACCCUCCAAUCCACGCCCCAAAUUGUCCUCCUCAGAGUCUGAAUCUGACACUGACUCCGAACCCACUUAGGCCAAACUCAAACGCGCGAAGAAGAAUCCAGCCGGUGCUCCUUCUUCUUCUGUACCUAAUGACGAGGGGCUGUGGAGGACGGGAAGAAGUCCGGUGGCCAGACAAAGACGUUCCAGCGGAUCUGGAGCAAUGA